GUUUCCCACGGCCCCGGGACCCCGACCCGCCCAGAGACGCCCCCGGCCCUGCCACUCUCGUUCCGCUGCAGCCCGAGGUGGCGGGAUGAGGAACCCACCGGUGACACUGACCGUGCUGCUGCUGCUGGGGCCGGUGGCACGGGCCGCCCCUAGGACGGGGGGGCACAGGCCUGAGCCCCCCCUGGCCACAAUCCUGGAUGCGUAUCCCGACCUGCUGAGCCUGGAGUUGCCGCUGCUGCCGCUGCUGCAGGGCGCGGUGCGGAGCCUGGGGCUGCCGGAGCAGGACGUGGAGGCCAUGCCACAGGAGCAGGCCCUGCUCUACCUCAUCGUGCUCCAUGACCAUGACCGGAAUGGGCACCUGGAUGGGCUGGAGCUGCUGCAGCUGCUGGGCACUGUGCUGGCACAGGCUGGGGGGUGGCCGGACCCCGACACGGUGGCUGCUCUGGUGGACCGAGCCCUGGAGAGGCAGGACCGCAAUGGGGAUGGGCUGCUGGACCCCCACGAGCUGCUGUCACCUGACCGAGGCCAGGGACCCCUGGGGCAACCCCCCCUGGAGCCACAAGCAGGGUCUGAGGCUGUGCCUGAGGAGGGCACAGAGAUGCUCAGGGGGCACCUGGGGGUGAGCAGCCCAGGGCAGGCAGCCCCUGAGACUGGAGCUGCACAGGCUGGAGCCCCUGAGGAUGGAGGCAUGGAGGGGGACGAAGCCCCCAAGGUGGAAUCCCCCAGUGCUGAGGCUGUGGAGGCAGAAGAAGCCCCCGAGGCUGAAGCCCACAAUAGUGAUGUGUCUGAUGAAGAGGAAGUCCCUGAGGCUGAAGCCCUGGAGCAGGAGGCAGCCCCAGCAUGGAGGGACUCUGGGGAGGGGUAGAUGGUGGGGGGCUGUGGGCAGGGCUGAGUGGGGCAACGCCCUGGCUGCUUCCUGACCUGCUUGGGGCACAGA